AUGGAAAAUGGGGACCAGAUCGAGAUGCUCAGUCCCUUUGAGGCAGUGGCCGAACGCUUCAAGGAACAGUACAAGACGUUCGCCACGGCCCUGGACGCCACCCGGCACGAGCUGCCCAUGAGGUCGAUCCACCUGGAGGGAGACGGGCAGCAGUUCUUAGACGCCCUGCAGUCUGAACUGAAGACCACUCAGAAACUCCUGGAAGACCUUGGCAUUGGCAAUUCAGAAGAAAACGUCCAGGUGCUGGACUUACUGGGUGAACUCAAGGAUGUGGCCGUGGAAAAGGACCUUGAGCUCCGAAGACACUGCACGAUGCGGGAACAGCCAGCAGGUGUCGCUGUCGUCCGUGUUGUGGAGAAAGUCUCAGUCCAGGAGCACCUGCGGCAUCUUGUGUCCCCCUUCUCCCCGCUUUGGAGUCGGUUCUGAGGGAGUGGGGAUGCCGGUGCCUUGGGGAUCAGAGAUGUGGGAGGGCGGGCCCCAGAUUCACAGUGUGAAGGUCGAGCGGGGAAGGGAAAAGGGAAUGGCGGGAGAACUCACACCCGGCUCUGGAAAAUCCGAGAAGUUCUCAAGCAGCCAGAAGAGAAAGGGCCUCGCCCCUCACUCACCCUUUGUCCCCAGAAUAACCGGCACAGUACAGGCGCCCUCGGAUCAGCCCUGUU